ACAGGCGAUCCUUGGCAUCUUAAAGGACCGCGGUCUGUGACGAUCGUUCGCCUUGGCCUCUUUGGUUCGACUUUUCCGUCCUCUUUCUCUUCCUCCUGCUUCUUGACCCUCUUCAUAGAAACCUCUACCUCUCUCCUUCGCCUAUAAGGCCAUUGGAGCAGCCAUAACCACGAUGCAACAAAGAGAAGAAGCCUCAUCUCUGCCACGAGCUGAGGACGUUCACGAGAACGGCCUAAGUCAAAGUCAGGCGGCCGGUCAUAAUCAUCAAGUCGAGGAAGACCGGGACCUCCUCACCAUAGCUCAACAGGAAGAAAUCGAUUCACAAAUCGCUGCUUCCCAGCCCUUAGUUGGACCGCUUGAACCCCCAUCCAUGUUGUUACAGGCAUAUAAAGAUAACCCAGAGAAAGGCUUUGUGGAGGGCGUGGAGGACUUGGCGAGACGAUACGCGAGAAUGCGGCGCAUCCGAAGGGAUGGAAAUUGUUUUUACCGGGCAUUUUUGUUCGCGUAUCUGGCCGGGCUGGUGGAAGAAGGGAUCGAAGAUGGAAGGAAAGGAGAAGAAAAAGAGGGAGGAGGAGGGAAAGGGAGGAAACGGGGCAGAAAGAAAGAAUGGGAGCGGUUCUCACAAACAGUCAAGGACAGUAAAGCCUGGUUACUGACUGUUGGGUACGAAGAAGUGGCGAUCGAUAUAUUCUGGGAAGUUUUCGUGGAGGAGUUGGAGGCACUCCCCCAUAAAAGCCUGUCGGAUUUAGAAUCAACUUUCAACGAGCCCCACGGCGUGGCCUCCUACAUGGUCUGGUACUGUCGCCUCCUGACUUCCGGGUAUUUGAAGAAGCACAAGGAGGAGUACGAGGCCUUCUUGGAUGCCAGCUACCGAGACAUGGACGACUUCUGCGUCCGGGAAGUGGAGCCGACGGGCAAGGAAUGCGAGCAGGUGCAGAUCAUGGCCUUGGUCCGGGCCUUGGGCGUGUGCGUCCGCAUCGAAUAUCUGGACGGGAGAGCGUUGCCGCCAGGGGGGCAAUUGCCCUGCCACGUUUUGCCUGACGAAUGGGACGGUGGAAAGGAGGAGGGGGUGCCUGUGACGUUGCUGUACCGGCCCGGGCACUACGAUCUGCUGGUCAAGUGAGCUGGGGGGGUCGCUGUGGAGGCGCAGAAGGGUGUGUUUGGAAAAGAAGUGGUGAAAGGGGGCGAGCAAAUAUGCAGGCAGUCACAGGUAGCGAAAGAACAACGACGCCUGUUGGUCGGGAGUAUCGAUGCAAGGUUUUGUGACAGCAGCUCCAUGUACAGGUCAGACGCGGAGGGCAGACAGUGCAUAGUUUGGCGGGAUUGGGACCUCCAUCUAUCCGGGAAAGGCCCCGAAGCCAUGCCAUCCGAGGGAUGGUGCGCUAGUCUCUUGGCAGAUAGUGUGCCCCAGGGGAAUGAAAAUAGCAGAAUGUCAUUGUGGUGGCG